AUGGCUCCGAGCAUCAUUAUCGACCCCAGUAACCUCCAACCCCCGACGAGACAUCCUACGUCCUCCAUCGACCCUGCAUCAGAGCUGCCUCCGGCCAAAGAAAGCAGAGUCCAUCCCUCCAAACCAGGCGAGGAGAAUGCAUCGAUAUACUUUGUUGGCACUGCCACGACGAUCAUGCGCCCCAACUUCCUUCACGCAGGGGACCACGUCCACCUCGGUCCUGGAGUAUCCUCGACUCGAAGAACGAAUCCGGCUGUAGAUCUAGAAGAGCUACCGCGGAUCGACUUGGUGCUUCUUUCUCAUUAUCACGGAGAUCACUUCGAUCAAAAAGUCGAAGCCUCCUUGCGCCGCGACCUUCCCAUCGUUACGACACCUCAUGCCAAAUCCAUCUUAACUUCUAAAGGAGAUGAUUCGUUCACGAGAGUAUCCAGCGUGGACGUCUACGAGCAGCUUACAGUCGAUAUCAAACCCGACCAGAAUGACGCACAGCGACAGCAACGGCCCAAGCUCCGGAUAACCGGUAUGCCAGGGAAACAUAUCCCGGUUGGAAAACCGUUAGAGAAGCUGAAUGAGCUGGUAGGGGCGAUCCCUCCUACAAACGGAUGGAUGCUCGAGCUAGGUUACGGCGACGCAAACAGUUUCACCUCCGGGUACAGAAUCUACAUCUCAGGGGACACGCUCAUGUUCGAUGAUCUCAAAGAGAUUCCGCGUCGGUAUGCAGGACAACCGAUCGACCUGAUGCUGGUUCAUCUAGGUGGCACAACGGUACCCUCGCCGGCCAUGUUGCCAUUAGCGAUGAUGGUGACCAUCCCCAUUCAUUAUGAUGAUUAUGACGUGUUUGCAAGUUCGUUGGAUGAUUUUCGGGCGCAAGUGCAGGCUGCUGGGUUGGAUGGGGAGGUUGUGUAUCUGGACCGGGGAGAGGAAUAUCAGUUUCGCGUCGUAGAAUAG